CUCAGAGUGGGUAGAUGCCAAUGAUCCAAGGAGCAGCAUCAUCAUCGUCAAGACAUCCUCGACCAUAGCACGAAUGGCAAAUGAACAAGGGGGCCGAUUCAAAAAGCUCGGACUGGAGCAAGCAUGUCGGCGGGCGCUUGGAGACAGUCGGCAUGUUGCGCUGACGCAACAUACAGGGCUACAACCGGCGACCACGUCGCUUCUAUGACCGUGUACGAUACUGUUGACUGGUGGCGAGGUGAGUGUCCCAGGUUCGGCGAACCACGCGAGAUCGCGAACUUCUCGCGAGUGGGCCGAGAGGGCCGUUACGUCGACAGUUCAGUGCAAAGGAAAUACUUGAUUGCUGAGAUCCCCGUGGAGCCCUUGUGGGACCUGAACCACGGUUACGACACGGCAAUACGACGAGACUGGACGCGGAAAAGAGUGGCUUACGGCCUAUACCGCUCGGUUCUUCAAAACAUUGAUGUUCUAGCACAAUCUCCUUCAAGCCAGACGAAAUUCACCGAGGCAGCGUCGCAUGGAGUGCACAGCCCACUCCUGGACUUUGUGAUCUGUCGGUCUUCUUCAGUGGCGCAACUUCUGAGGACGCCAUUCAGCGAGAGUGCUUGGGAGUUUAUGGCUUGCCGUUUCCGGGGCGCUGUCCACCUUCAGGAAAUGAUGACGCAGAAAUGGCGCGAGGAUCGCUAUCGCCAGAUGAUGGAUUCUCGUGAAGACCGCACCACUUACUGGGGCAUGAAGUUCCCGCAGUACAUGGCCAGCUUCGAACCCGGCACCACCCCUGACGUGCAAGCAGUGCUGAACGAGAUGGAGGAGUACAAGGUUGUUGUGCGCAACUGCUUUGGGUCUCACGCGCUAGUGAUGAGUGCCACGAUGAAGGCGGUGGACCCUAGAUACGAACCGGGCUCCACACAAGGAUACGUCGUGUUCCGGACGAACCAAGUGCUUUCUACACAUAGGCAGCACAUUAGGUUUGGGAACAAGCUGCUGGAGUGGUGGUCCGUUUCGGUACCUAUUGGCGUCCCACGCAUAUUGGCCGGCUUCCGCAAUAAAGGUGGGAUCGUGCAGAGCGUCGAGGAGUUUCAAGUGCACGAGAUACCCGCAAAAGCAAAGGGCAUGUGGUCGGACGACGUGUGCUUGGGAUUCCUCGACCAAUUUCUGUGCUUCCUUAAAGAUCAAGUCCGAGAGGAUGACGGGAAGACGGUGUACCACUUCGAGUACCAGCCGCAUUUGCGUAAAGUUAUCUGCACCCGCCUUCCAGGCACCGACGAGUGUGCCAUCCUGCCCAGCUGGUACCUUCAGGCACACGACAGGAAGGAACUCUACAGUACGAGAACACAAGACGAACCCCUUCUCUAGCUUUUAAUCGCAUGUCUAGUCUAUAGCGAACUGCUACGAAUGUAUCCCAAUGAGUCUCAGAAUCAAAAUUACUGGUUAGGAGUGUCUGACAACACAGCCUUCUGUUCACUUCUAACUCUCUAUCAACUCUAAGAAUGAGAGAGACAAAUUUGGCACCAGUUAUAUUGUUCCAAAGUGCACUAGUAACGUUCCCAUAUUUCUAAGCGUUCGACAGCUGAGCUGGUUCGUUAAUGCUACUUCUGGAAACGACAGCAGUACUACGGAACUUGAGGAAGAAGACUAAUGUACAUAACUCCAGUGGUGUGGCCGUCCAGCAUUGCCUGCGUCUGCUUUUUUUGUGGUGCCCAGUGUGUUUUCACUGGGGUUUCUUCGAGCUACAAUAUUCACUACACAAAAGACUUGCGUGCCUUCGGAUACUACCCGACUUUUGAAAUUCAAUGUUUUGUAUAAGUGUUAUCACAUGACCUCUUCGAGACGGUCGAUCACGUCGUACAGUCUUGUGUCUAGGAGUUGUUAUCUCUUUUUUUUCACAUUUGAACUACUGCACGUUAGUGUGGGCGACAAUGACUAAAACUGAUUUAUGAACAAUUUGAUCUCUUCAUAAAAAUAUGCUCCAUAUAAUAUAUAACCUUCCUCGCAGACAGACAACAAGCCAGUUAUUCAUCUAACAUAAAAUCAUAAAUAUUCACAACGUAUACUUUUACAGGUUUUUACUCCACUCUUAGGUCGAACAAAAAGGUUUAUCUUUGAUCACAGUUUUCGCUUCCAUGAAACGUCAAUCAAAACACCUACCGUCAUCAGCAACCUUGGAUGCUUUCUCAUGCAAGAACUAAGUUUAGCAAACAAAAUAUUUCUGAUGAGCUACCCUUGCAGGUAAACAGACUCUAUUUAUCAUGGGUUAUCACAGCAGAUAUCACCCUUUCUCAAAUUCUUAAUAACAGUUCUGACAAUUAGGAUGUUAUCUUCAAAAUUUGUUGCUAACAAUUAGUAAAAACAAUAAACAGAAACAAAAGGGAUGAAAAUGCAAUCGCCACUUUACGUAAAUGAUGUUUAGUGUAUUUGUGAUUUACAUAUUGUAACUUUUGAUAUACAUUUAUAUCUAUUGUUGUGACACUGUGUGUGUAUGUUUUAGUUUUUAUCACCGCAACCAUCUGCAGUGAGUUUGAAAGCUUUAGAGUUCCUAAUUUGGUUAAUGUUUGUACUUUUGUCAGCUGUGGCGUUUUCUUGCCACCAUCGCCACUGCUUUAUGUAUAUAGGGCGUCGAGAACUUAGUAAAGCAUAUAGUCACAUUUAUUUUCACCACCUCCAUCAACUCUGUAUUGGGGCAAGUAAAAACAUUAUUAUUAUUAUAUUGUUGUUGUUGUUAUCUUGAAUCUUUGUGCACAAGUAUGUCUUCGUGAACGUAUAAACCUUUACAUCACAAAUUACCAAUUGUAUUGUAAGCCUCCAGCGUUAUGAUAUUUUGGCAGUGAAGUUAGCUUUUAUGAAGUCGCAUGAUUGAUUGAGUGCCUUUUGGAAGAUACGUAACUCUCGAAUAGACUACUGAUGUGUCACUUUUUUUGUAUUUCUGGGUUAGGUAUGCUGCACGGGGAUGAUGAUGAGUUAAGGGCACCAGUGUCCUGCAUAGUUUGAAGUGGUUGCUUUUCUGUUCGAAGUUCUUCAAUAUACUUGCCUGCAUAAGCUA